AUGGCAGUCCCCUCCCAAAUCCAAGACACUGCCGUAGGGGCUGGGGAUUCUGCCUUUUUGGCACAAUCAUAUCUGACCUACUUGAUACCCUAUCGAACCAAUGUCGAUAUGAAGGAGGAGGUAGAGAAGGCCAUUGCUACCAGUCAGCCUCUGGCGGAUAUAGCGUCCAGGCCUUGGUUCCUCUUCGAUGAAACCGUCGACAUUUUCCUAAUUCUCAAGACGCAUGGCCUGACCGACGAGACGUUGCAACAUUAUUCGAAAAGACUCCUGCUGUCAGUCCAGGCGCAAGUACUCAACACCCCUUCGUCGGACAGAGUCGAUACGGCGCCUCCUUCCGAGGUGAUUUACAAUGGAGAGGUCGAGGGCGUGCAGAGCCCGAUUGGUACAGUUGACGGCGGAGGCGACGUCGCUGAGGCAGGGCUCACCAAAUACACAAUUUGGAAGACGUCCAUCUUCUUGACGAGACCGAGGCUGCGGCUUUUCGGACCCCUGGUCGUGUUCACAGCGACAGCAAGCCUGAAGCCUGAUCCGGCGCAUUUUGGAGAGCAGCAGAAUGGGUAUCUCGAGAGUGGCGUGCCUGCUGGACUGAAUCUUCUCGAGUCCUUUGCCCGAGAUCCCUCGCUUGGAGGCGUCAAGCCUCGACUGUCUGCCGUACGCGUGUCGCGAGUAGCGCCAGCUACGCAGAUUACCAAAGACUCCUUUCCCAUGCUCAGGGGCUUGCAGAACCUCUGCAGGAAGAUCUAUCCCGCAGUCCACACCCGGGUACGGUUCUCGCGGCCAAACGCUCUCCCGCCCAGUCCGGCGAUCAUAGCGCUGCUAGAGAUGGACUUCACGCCGUAUUUCGACUGUGUCGUCACCGUGGACAAGAUCGAGCUGAAUAUACCAGAGGGUCAGGUGGAAGACCUCAACGACAGCACUGGCCUCGAUCUUCCUCUUCAGUGUGUUGCUCAUGACCACCUCACUCUGAUGUACCGACUUGCGCCCAAGGGAAGCGACAUUCCCUCCAAGACCCCGAACCGCGACCUCUUCAUUUCGAUCGAGUGCACAGCACUCGUUGAGCCCGAGGCCUGCAAACCAAAGAUCCGCAUGGCAUGGUCGACGGUGCUGGACUUCACCCUUCCCGUGAACCCCGGCUUCGGCACAGGCGUGACCAAGCCCUUCCAAAGAUCUCAUCGCCCCACGCAGCUCUCAAUCGGCGAUGGUGCGAGCUUUGUCCUACCGUCCGUCGCACGUCCGGACUCGAUUCCAAGCCUCGAGGCCGCCACCGACCGCUCGCUCACCAUUGACAACGUUAUUCCAGAGUUCGGCAUCACCAUGACUUUCACUUCGCAGCCGGGGCCCACUUAUCCAGGCGACGAGUUUGUCUGGACCGUCUUCGUGGUAAAUCGCGCCUCGGGUGCCACAACCCCCGUCGGACCCGCUGCUGCUAUCCAAUCACCACCUCGCAAACUCGGCCUCGUAGCAGUCCCCAAGCGACGACGGAACGACAUGCGCGUCAUGCGACCGCCCUCCACAGCCGGGGCACGACGCAAGUCCGUCGCUGCCGUGGUGCACAGCAACACGCACCACGGCCAUGGCCAUGGCCCCGACCCUGACGCAGACACCACGUCUCUCGAAGUAGCAGACGCCGUCUUAGACGAGAACAUCGUGCACGCCAUGCAACACAGCAGUCUCGUGGACACCACAGAUGUGGUAUGCCUGUCUGCAGACGUGCGUGUGGGCCCGCUAGCCCCGAACGCGUGCCACGUCGUUGAGUUGCGGUUCCUGGCGCUCAAGGAAGGGAUUGUUGGAAUUGAGUGUAUUCGGGUGGUAGAUCUGGGAAGUCAGGAGCAUGUGGAUAUCAGGGAGUUGCCGGUUAUGGUUGUGGAGAGGAGAAUAGACUGA